CCCAGCACAGCUGCAGGACCGAGGAAGACCUUGACAGGCCCAGGCAGGACAGAGGCCACCCCUGAGAGCAGAGGCACGAGCAGAGGCUACCAGCUGCCAGGAAACAAUGCUCCUAGCAAUGUUUAAGCUGUGUGCGGGCAGCUCCUACAGACACGCGCGCAACAUGAAGGGGCUAAGACACCAAGCUGUGCUGGCUCUUGGCCAGGAGCUGAACCGGAGGGCUCUGGGAGGCCCGACCCCAAGUGCAUGGAUUAACCAGGUCCGGCGCCGGAGCUCUCUGCUGGGUUCUCGGCUGGAGGACACUCUCUACAGCGACCAGGAACUGGCCUAUAUCCGGCAGGGAGAGGAAGCCAUGCAGAAGGCCCUGGGUAUUCUCAGCAGCCCGGAUGGCUGGAAGAAGGAGAACCAGCAGGUCAAUGGGGACAAAGUGCUGAGUAAAGUGGUCCCGGACGUGGGCAAGGUAUUCCGGCUGGAGGUGGUGCUGGACCAACCCAUGGAGAGGCUUUAUGAAGAGCUUGUGGAACGUAUGGAGGCGAUGGGAGAGUGGAACCCGAAUGUCAAGGAGAUCAAGGUCCUUCAGAAGAUUGGAAAAGACACAAUGAUCACCCAUGAGCUGGCUGCAGAAUCAGCAGGAAACCUCGUGGGGCCCCGGGACUUCGUGAGCGUGCGCUGUGCGAAGCGCCGAGGCUCUACCUGUGUGUUGGCUGGCAUGGCCACACAUUUCAGGGAGAUGCCAGAGCAGAAAGGUGUCAUCAGAGCUGAGCACGGUCCCACGUGCAUGGUGCUCCAUCCUCUGCCUGGAAGUCCUUCCAAGACCAAACUUACCUGGCUGCUCAGCAUUGACCUCAAGGGAUGGCUGCCAAAGACGAUCAUCAACCAGGUCCUAUCCCAGACCCAGGUGGACUUCGCCAAUCAUCUGCGCAAUCGCCUGGAGUCCAGCACUGCUCCUGAAGCCAGCUGUUGAAGCCCAGCCUGCUGCUCCCAAUUGUUCCAGCUGCAUCGGCUUGCAUGCUCAGCAGGAAAACCCCUCCCAGAAGCCUGCAAGUCUGAGAUCCUCACCUGGGAACAGUGGGAUGGGUUGGCAGUGUAUUUCCAGUAUAAUGCUAGGACUCAGAUUGGUAAAAUUUUAGUGCCAAGACAAUAGGGAAGAGGCUCUUAGAUAAUGGAGAGCCUUCUAACUUCACUCACUGAUUAGCUGCAAAAUGAAGGUUAAGGGUCCCAAAGUAUUUUUAAAACUUCUCUGGGCCCUUACACGUCUACCUAAAAACAUCUUGAAAUGCUACUAGCUGCGAGCGGGUGCAGAGGGUGCUAAAUGCAAGGAUUGGGACCUCACACUGUAUGGGCUCCAGAGCGCCAUUCCCUGCAGGCAGUGUGUGUGGACAUAGCAGGGUCUUACAGGAAGAGGGGCUCCAGCAAGGCUCCGCUCAAGCAAGCAAGGGGCUACUCCAAGGUGCAGGCCACUCCCCCUAGCAGGUGCCUUCCAAACCUCGUCCAAGUUUUCUUGAUGAAAAAAUACAAAAUUAUUAGACUGGUUCCCCUACUUCUCCCAUGAGCACCAGUCAGAAUAAAGAAUUGUAAUUAAUACAAAAGCUACAUUCUGUACCUGUUUUAAAAUUCUACUCUUAAGAAAUCUAUUUGAGUAAAUUGCAACUUCAUACUAUAGGAGUCCUGGACCAAAAUUUGAAUUAAAUUGAAUCCCUUAGCUCACUAACAGGAAAAACUUCUGGGGACUUACAUCAAUUAUUUAGAAUGUCACCAGAAUCAUUCAUAAAAAUUUAAUUUCCACAAUAAGCACAAGCCUAAAUCAGCUCUUAACUCUAUAACUGGUAGCUGAUUAAAGGGCACUGGAAAAUGAAGAUUAUGACUGAGGAUUUUUUAUUUACCUAAUUAAAAGGAGGGAUAAUGCCAAACAUGAGUGAAUGAUAAUAGUAAGAUAAAGUUGAAAACAAAUUUCAUUUUCCCAUUAGUGAUUGUUUAGACCUAAAAUGGCAAUUGAAUCUUUAAAUCAGAGUCUAUUAUAUCAGCUCUCAGCUUGGCUCAGGGCUGCCAAUUUCUCUGCUUUAAUAGGUCAACAUUUUACUAUUGUGAGAGGAGAUGGCUGGAAGAAGGGGUAAUAUGGUGAUAGUGAAUUCCCUUUCUAAGAUUCAGAGAAUUUAUGCUUUGAAACAUAAAUUAGGAUGGCAUUAUUUUGCUAAAAUGUAUACGUAAGAUGAAAAACCAAACAUUACCACUUGAAGCUUUCCCAGUCUAGUGCUAAUAGUGUUGCUGAUUUUUACCAUUUGGAAAUAGAGCUCUAUCUUGUUUAUUUAACAAAUUAGCAGUAGUGGGAAUGCUGGUAUUUAUUGAGAUAUUAAAAUUUUACAACUGAUGGAGGUAUUUAUUAUUAUUUAUUCAGAUUGUUUCUUAGAGUAGUCUACUUUUGGCAAAGAUAAAAUGAUUGCUUAUCCAUCCAGAAGCUUCAGAGCCAGAAGGGAUAGUUAUAAUAAUGUGUCUAGAACAGGAGUAUCAUUUACUCCCAGCUAACAGAAAAUGGUUGUUUAAAGAUGUGUAAAGCAAUAUAUAUUCUGGUUUCAAAAGACAAUAGGCUUAUAGUAAAGAUAUGGGCUUUCAACAAACACCAUGGUUUUGAGCUCGACUGUAAUUUGCCAACUGUGUCUUUGAGAUGACUGGGGAGAUAGUCUCCCACUUGUUUAAUUUUAUAAUGGAAUAAAAUAAGUUGUGAUGAUCUGCUUACAGAAACCAUUUUAUACAGGACUAUAUGAAGAGUGGGUAUUUUGAGCCCUUCAAAUGAAACCACACACACACACGGAAUAUGAAGUAUACAGAGGGAAAAACCAUUAUUUCUGUAACCUCUGAUUUAUGAAAGCCAAGUGUACAAAAAAGUAAUUUUAGCAUUUAAAUGGAGUACAUAUGUAAUAUUUUUAUAUUUGAUAUAAUUAUGUAUUUGGUAAUUUACAUUGAAGAAUUUACGUGCAACUUCCCCUAAAUUACACCACCCUCAGCUUCUUAUAGUUCUCCAAACUCUGAUGACCCAGAGCUUUAUAAGCAAGUCUGCCCUUUAAGACCAGCCACGAAUGAUUGGUUUCCGGGGGUGACAGGCAGGACUCCAGCCUGUGAUCAUCCUGACUCAGUGUUAGGUUUCCUGUUAAGAGACGUGGAAUGGCCAAAACAAAGAGCCUGGGUGAUUUAUUAGGAGACAAAUAUAUUAGUCAAAGCUACUGUGUUAAGAUACCAAUAGUCACUGGAAAUUCAGGAAAUUUCUUAAACAGGCAUAAUAUACGGUGAUUCUUGGCAACACAUCACCUACCUUGUGGUGAACCACUCUGCUUAUUAACCUAGGUAGAAAGUCCUAUGUAGGAGAGUUGUUGGGGCCAUCCUGGGAGGGCUGUACUGUCAUUGAUGAGUUAGGGAAAGCACAAAGGGACCCUAGGGAAAGGCUCAUCAUUCUUACACUCUAGUUUUUAGUAUUCUGAAAACUGCCCUUUAAUCACCUGCUAUUGCAAAGGAAGAUAAGCAAGGCAGGAAAACAAGCUGCACUAUUAACACACAUGUCCACAGAGAAGAACUAGAGUGAGACUAUUAACCCUGCACUCUUGUUCUCCUCGAGUCUGAUUUUCACAGGAUAAAGGGGGUGGUUGAGUUGGCUGGAGAGAAGGGAAGCAACAGA